CAGAAAUGAGUCUCUAUCGCGCCCAAAUCCUUGGUGCUGUUGUGCUGCUGAUUCUGGCAAUAAUUGGGUUUUGUUUGGUGGUCCUUCCAGCAAAAGAGGUGGAGAUGCCUGCAGAUAAAAUGAGAUGGUUGUCCUUCUGGAAGGUUCUCCUCUCUCCAGAGGAACGCUGGAGCUCGGACAAAGUGACCAUGGGGUUCUUGAUCACCUCCCUGAAUAAGGCUCUUCUCCUCUGAUAGUAUGGCAUUGUACUGGAUGCAGGGUCCUCCCACACCUCCAUGUACAUCUACAAAUGGCCAGCUGGCAAGCAAAAUGGUACUGGGAUUGUUACCCAGCACAGUGAAUGUGAAGUACAAGGCGGAGGGAUCUCCAGCUACGCCGGCAAACAUGGUGGUGCAGCCAAGAGCUUGGAGGGGUGUAUGAAACAUGCCCUAAAGGAAAUUCCAACAUCUAGACAACACCAGACUCCACUGUGCUUGGGUGCCACAGCUGGCAUGAGGCUCCUGAAUAUAGUCAAUCAGACAGAGUCUGAGCGGGUCCUGCAAGAAGUAGAAAAAAAAUUGCGCUCUUACCCUUUCCUGUUUAAAGGGGCAAGUAUCCUGAGUGGGCAAGCAGAGGGGGCAUAUGGCUGGGUAACAGUCAACUACUUACUGGAAAACUUUGUCAAGUAUGGGUUUGUGGGACACUGGCUGAAUCCAGGAAGAACCACAAUUGGAGCCUUGGAUUUAGGUGGAGCUUCCACUCAGAUCACAUUUCAGACUUCACAAGAGUUGGAGAACCAGGAAAAUCUUAUGAAACUGACCCUUUAUGGACAAACCUACACAUUGUACACCCAUAGCUUCCUGUGCUAUGGUCAAGACCAGUUUAUCAGGAAACUGUUAGCUCAUCUUAUCAAGACACAAGGUGUGGAGGCUCAAGUGUUCAACCCCUGCUAUCCACCAAAGUUUACUAUUUCCACAAAGCUCGGGGAAGAUGUGUUUGAUUCUCCUUGUACGGAGAAAUACAGGCCAGACAAUUUGGAUCCUCAGAUGACUGUAACAGUGGUGGGCACAGGAAAUUAUCAGCAGUGUGUCAACAAUGUAACGGAGAUCUUCAAUUUUACCAAGUGUUCCUACUCAAUGUGUUCCUUUGAUGGAGUGUUUCAGCCCAGAGUGACGGGAAGCUUCAUGGCAUUCUCAGCUUACUACUUCACUCAGAAAUACAUCAAAGAGAUCACCAACAUAACCCUCACAUCUCCCAGUCGUGCGGUGGAAGCAGCCAAGCUCAUCUGCAAUAUGACCAUGGCUAAGAUUAUAGACAAGACAAAGGCGGAAGAGAAAUACAUGAAGAAUAUCUGCACUAUGUCUAGUUUUGUCCAGGUCCUCUUAACCAAUGGGUACCAUUUUGAUGAAGCUUCCUAUCCUUCUAUUUCUUUUCGGGAAAAGGCAGGGGGAGCAUCUGUAGGAUGGGCUUUGGGAUACAUGCUGAAUGUAAGCAAUGAAGUGCCAGCAGAGGGUCUUAGCAUGAUGAAGGCCCUACCCUCAGGUUGUUGGGCUGGCAUCAUCUUCCUCUUUGUUGUAUUUGCUUUCUUUGCUCUGGUAUAUGGUGUGGUGAUCAACAGAAACAGAACAACUAGAAGUGACAUUAUCUGACUGGAAGGGUGACACACUUCCUAAGCAUUUAUAAGAGCCAAAAAAUGUGUUUUUCUAUAGCUUUUCAUUUGCAAAAUUCCAAACUUUUAUCUAGGUUGAUAUUGGUAAAAUUAAUCUAAUGAACAAUUAUUUGCAGGUUUUCUAUAAUAAUGAUCUACUACUACAUUUAUGUUAGACAUAGUUCACAAUUUAACAAAUACAUACACAGCUGUGGAAAAGUAUUUGCCUCUAAACAGAUUUCUUCUGUUUUUGCUUAGCAGUUUCAAAACCUUUUUUACCAGGUUUUGAGUCAUCUAGGGAUGAACUUCUAAGAGCGCUUGAGCCUAAGGUCUUAAACAGAUGGCAGGACUUUCUCCUUCAGGAUUUUAUGCUAGACAGCAGGAUUCAUGGUUCCAUCAUUUACAGCAAGUCAUCCAUGGUCUGAGACAGCCUCUACCACCACGUUUGACUGGUGAUGUUUUUUUUAUGAAGAUGUUAGUUUUAUGGCAACACUUUCUAUAAAGUUCCUUUUUAGUCUGUUGAGUUUGUUGAAAAUGUUCUUCUAGUCUUGGGGAUCAACAAGAUGGUUUAGGAAAUGUUAGACAGGCUCUAUGUGGUUUUUAUUUUUGUUUGUUUUUUUGUGAUAGCAGUGUUUUUGGAUUCGGAACCUAUCCAAUGAUACCACUUUUGCUCAGUCACAUCCUUAUUGUUGAAUCAUCAACACUGACCUUAACUAAAGCAAGUGAGGGCUGCCCUGCAGUGCUUGGUUGGCAACUCUUGGGAAAGUUCAUUACUGCUCCAUGUUUUCUCCAUUUGGGGAUGAUGGCUCUCACUGUGGUUUGUUUGAGUCCAAAAGCCUUAAAAAUGGGUUUGUAGUAUGACAGACAGAACAGUAGAAAUGACUUUGUUUUUAUCUGUUUGCCACCCACAACCUCCACCCACUAUUUUAUGUCACUGUUCAUGCCUGACAUAAAAUCUUGGGUGGGGGGUUGGUUUGCAAAGACUUUUUCUUCAUAAACGAAGUCAUUUGACAACUGUGUUUUUUACAAUAACUGGUGGAAUCUUUGUUUGAUAUCAAAUGUUUGAUCAUCUGGAACAUCUAGUGUGAAAAACUGUUGUUCUUGAUUGGUCAUUCUGAAGACAGCGGGAUUUACACUGACUGCUGAGAGGGCAUUUGAGGUUUUUCAGCAGGACUUAAAGCAGGACAUGUUCAGCAGGAAUUACUAGAAAGCAAAUGAAAAUAAGCACAUCCACAAUGCCAUCAGUUCUAAAGAAAUCACCAAAGUUCUGACUACAAAGCUAGUUCAGUCGAUUCAUAAAGUAUUAGAAACCAAACGUUUUUUCUGGUUGUUUCUUUAAAAUAAAUAUCAGUGACACUGAUCCCACCCACGUCCCCUUUUAAUCCAAGCUCCACACAAAGAUUCUGUCUGAAUAAGUCUGUUCAAGUAUCAUGUUUUAGAUUAUUUUAAAAUCAGAUUGUUUUUAGAAGCUGUGUGUUUAUCCUUUUUAUGAUCUCAGUCGUUGCUUUCCUCACUUAGAACAUGUCUACAUGAAUAUAAUGAUGAAUUGAAUGAAAUAUGUUGCAUUUGAUUAAAAUUUUUAAUAAAAAGUCAUGGGGAGAAAAA